UCAGGUGUGUCUGCUGGGGACAAUCAAAACUCCAGGACUGCUGCUGGCUCCAGGGGUGAGGUGGGGACAGAUGCCCAUUAACCAACUCACACCUUGGGAUACAGAUGAGCCGCCUGCCAAGCAGCAUCGAGACAACGAGCCCAGCGACCCUAACUGGUCUGCACCAACAGCAGCAGUGAACCAGCCCAGCCUUCUGCCCCACACCUACGCCGUCCCCCAGCAGGCCUCCUUCAGGCACAGUGUGACUGCACAGUCAUCCAUCAUAAGAGUACCUCCAUCCAUCCAGACACCUGUUUCCCCCCCAGCGUCCUCUCAUGAUGGCCCACUUUCAGCUGAAACCGCAGUCCACCCAGCAGACACACUCAAUGGUUUUGAGCAUGCCCAGUCAGUCUCCGUACGUCUCGUCUCAACCCACAGUUACACCUUUCGUCCUCACUGCCCGAGCCAACCAGGUGUUUCCUCCAAACCCUCCGAUUGUGAUUGACGGCAGCCACUUACCCUCUCACCCCAGCCUCAUCCCAUCUCCUGCCCUACCUCUGGCCAAUAGACAAGCAGUAGCAGCAGCAGCACAGGCUCCAUGCUCAGCUGCAGACAAUCCGGACGGUCCUAAUGAUCUGCAAAUGCUGCGGACUGUCGACAUGGGGAAGUACAAGUUAAGCGACCCGGGACAUCCUAAUGAGGACCCGACAGAAUCCGCCAGGACCAGAGAGAGACAAACAUAAAGAACAAGAGAACACAUGACAUCCUAUCGCCCUGAUGCAGCAGGCCAACAGACGCUCCUGCAGCUCUAUUUAUUUGUGUUUGUCUCUUGUGUUUGCUUUGCCUCUGCUCUGCUGGUGC